CUGCUGUUGGCACCAAAAUGCCAACCUUGCUAGAUCUUCCCCACGAGAUCCUUCUCUGGGUCUAUCAAAGCUUGGACAACAUCACCGAUGCCCUUCACCUUGCCAAGUCAUGCAAAUUACUCUCCCACGUCUUUGACCGCCGCCCACAGAACCGCCGGAAAAUCCUGCUCUCAAUCACCGAUAACACGGAAGGGACUGAAAGCCCAGAUAAAGCCUGGCUGGAAGACCACUUCGGCCCCGGUUCUCUGUGGCAACCCGACGAAAGCGAGUUCCCACCAGAACUCGCUGAUGCAGCGACAAGGACUUUCCUAACCACCGUGGGGUUUCCUGUAAUCGAUCUUCGACGGACAGGCUAUCACUCCACCCAUUUAUCGAAAGCGGAGCGUCGUCUAGAACCGUAUGACUCGGAUGAGCUGUAUGGCCGACGAACACCGGAUGACGACUCCCCUCGCACAGACUUUUGUUUCCAUUUCGGGAGCGUGUGGGAGUGGAUGGUGAUGGUUGAUGGAGAGAAUGGGGAGGUAUGUCUGUAUGACCCUGGAGGUUGGGACCAUGGAGCCGGGUAUCAGGGGUUGGUUGCAUUUUCGGUGGACAUUUUUGCCAUGCUGUUGGGGAUGAUGGCAGGGGUUGUAGAGGAUCUGGAUGCGGCAAUGGAUGUGUUUGGGGAGGAUGAGGGGGAGGAGGUGCGUAGGGCUGUUCUGGAUGCCUUGAGGGAGAGGAUGGCCGAGUAUGAUUAUUGUUUUUCUGAGGGAUGCAAGUUCUGGGAUGAGCUAUUUGAGCAUUUACUGUAGUAGCUAAAUGAUAUAAGGCUUCUAGUAUUGCAGUUGACUGGAAAAGCCAUGGCCCUGGCUAUGUGGAAGAGCUCUAUAAUAGCCAACAGUCCCCCCUAAGUGCAAUUGGAAGAGAUCAAAUCCCUCAAUUUGUACUAGAUUCAGG